CAAAAUUUUAUUUCGCAAAAAUAUUAUUUAUGUACAUGAAGGUCAAAUCGUUUUAUGUAGUAUGUGUACUGAUAAAAAGAAACAAGAUAGCAGGCCUGUAACACCAUCAGAGGAAGAUUGUUGCCACACUGGAUGUGAUCCUUGCAUCUUUGAUAUACAUAAAAAGUUAAUUGAAGAAUAUGAAAGGAAAAAGAAGCAAAACAUAAAAAUACAAAAUAAUCAAAAUGUACUAGAUUUAUGCAUAUACAAAAAUUUUAUAGUUUUUGAUAUAAGAGAAAUAUCUGAAUGUUAUAUUUUACUCUUUUUGAAAUAUUGUGAAAAUAAUACCAGAAAUGAUAAGAAAAUAUUAGUUGAUCCAGGACAACAUGUUAUGUUACACUUACAUGAUACUACCAAAGCAUUCACACCAAUUUGUUUCACAGAUGACUCUAUUGAACUUUUAAUUAGACUUUAUCCAAACGGAAAAUUUAGUCGUUAUUUAAGAAAUACAAAAAUACAUGAUAUAAUUCGUGUUAGAGGACCAUAUGGAAACUUUAAAUAUGAAAGUAAUAGUUUUCAGACAAUUAUUAUGUUUAGUAUGGGAUCAGGAAUAACUGCAGUUUAUCCCAUAGCUAAAUCAAUUGUAAAUGAUGAAUUGGACGAUACAAAAAUUCAUCUCAUUGGUGGAUUUAAAAAUAUAUUGCAGAUUCCUUUGAAGAAAGAACUACAAACUUUAUCUGAUUAUUGGAAUUUCAAAUGUACAUUGUACAUAUCACAAUUGAAAAAUGUUUCUGGUUUCCAUGGUAUAAAUAUAAAAUCUGGAAAAUUAGAUAAAAUAUCAGUUUUUGAAAUACUUAAAGAUACAAUAGCUAAUACUACAUUGAUUUUGAUAUGUGGUACUACACAAUUUAAUAAUUCGGUUAAACAAUGGAUAAAAUGCAUGAAUUACACAAAUGUACAUGUGUUUGAAUAA